AUGUUUAUUUCAUCAACAAAGUCAGUCUUUUUAUUCGCCGUCUUGUGCUUUGUGUUUAUUCAAACAACAUACGCAGAUAUCUAUUCUCAACUUCAAUUCAUCAAAAUCUCAUCACCAAAGAGUGGACAGAACGUUGUCGCUGGUAAACAAUUGCUUAUUAAAUAUGUCAUGCAGCCUUUGAUCAAAGAUCAUGUCUCUGCCGGUAAAGCCUUGCAUUUGGAGGUCAACUGGCACAAGAGAACAGGAAAUGCCAAGCAAAAGAAGGUCUCUACUAUUGCUGAAAAUUGUCCUAUCACAGCUAAAGAUAACAAGUACGUAACAUAUACCAAGAAAUGGCCUGUUCCCAAGAACACCGUGCCUGGAUCUUAUGCUGUUGAUUUCGUUGAGAAGAUUCAACUUCGUCGUGGUCAAAUUACUGCCACUGAGACUGUCAAAAUCAACUCUUUCUCGGUGCCUCAUAUCUGUUUGUCCGGCGAAACCAUGUUCUCAACCGAAUACUAUGUUCGUGCUGGUGGAAAAGGUGCUAAUCAAUCCAUGGCUUUUGCUAAGGCCGGCGGUAAUAUUUAUCACGCUGGUAACUAUGGUAACGAUGCUGGCUGGAGAAACGGUCGUGCAUUUAUUCAAGUAAGCAAGGAGACUGGCGAUAACUGUAUUGUACUUUAUCCUGGUACCAACUAUACUUACACAGCGGAAGAAGCAGUUGGUGUAUUCGAGUCUUUCGGACCUGGUGAUUGGCUUGUUCAGCAAAACGAAAUUAGUCAAGGUGGCGAAAUCAUGCGCUUGGGUGCUACCAAGGGGUUAUCCGUUCUCUUCAAUCCUGCUCCACUUACAAAGGGUAUCUUGAAGGCCUUUGAUUUUAACAAUGUGACGAUUUUGAUCGUCAAUGAACACGAAGCCCAAUCCCUUUAUGAAGAACUUGGAGGGGAGAAGAAAGUUUUCGGCUUGGAUAUUGCAAGCGAGUUAUUAAAUGAAUUUGGCUCAAUGCAAGGUGUUGUUGUUACAUUAGGAGGUGAAGGUGUUGUUGCCAAAUUUAGAAACGAAGGCAAGACCUCUGAAUUCAAGGUACCAAGUAGAAAGGUGGCUGUCAAAGAUACAACAGCAGCUGGUGACACAUUUGUUGGAUACUUUUUAGCUUCGUUUAUCAGAGCUGAAAAGGAAGAGUACUUUAAGCGUGUUGAUAUUGCCUUGAAUGAAGCCAACUUUGCUUCAUCCAUUGCCGUUCAACGUCUGGGUUCCAUGGAUUCAGUUCCUACAUUAGAAGAAGUGAGCCAAGCCAUGAAAGAACAAUAA